AUGGCCCCUCACAGAUUACACAGCAUAGUCCCAGCCGAUCUGGAACCAGAGCUCACUAAAACGCUCCAGUCCCUGCCCGGGGGAGCGCAGACGGCUCCCGAGGGUGAGGUCGCCGCGGGCACACUCUCGGUGGCGGACGCCCUGGCGCUAAUCAAUACGCGAAAAUACAACCUUUUGUCCAUAGACGUGGAAAAUUACGAGUGGAAACAGGAACACCUGCUGGAGAUCGGGCUCUCGAUCUAUAAACCAUCGUACCAAACCCAUGCCCUUUUCCCCCAUAUCGUCAACUUCCACAUCAUUCUGGAAGAGGGCCUGAAAUACGCCAACAGGAGAUUUGUUCCUAAUAACCGCCUAAACAACAUCACUGGCCAGUCGAUCAUCGCCAAUAAAGCGCAAGCCCAGAAUAUCAUGCAAAAGGUGUUUGACGACGUGGAUCUGGCCAAGACGAUCGUCGUCGGACACGGCUUUGCGUCGGACCUGCGUCUCUUCAGAAACUGGGGGCUGGAGUUCCCGCAGCACGUGAAAAUCGCCGACACCAUGAAAUUGUGGUCCUCGCUGCUACCGUCCGGAAAGAAAGGCUCGCUAUCCUACAUCCUGGACAAGCUGGGUAUCCCGUAUGCUUAUUUACACAACGCGGUCAACGACUCGUAUUAUACACUCGUGGCAUGCCUGAUGCUGGCGUCGCCAGAAACUCGAAACAACCUGGUGAUUGAGGAAAAGCAGAUCGACCAGGAAACAGGCGAGGAGAUCGCAACUCACCGCGUGCGGUGCUCGCCCCACGACCAGGACCUCGAGCUCAGAGGCCCCGACCGCAAAUCAAAACGACGCACCCAGCAGACGUAUUUCCACGCUCCCCGCGAGGGCUUUCCCGUGGAGUACGUGGAAAGCGUGCUGAAAGAGUUCCCGUGA